AUGGCGAGAAGAUACGAUUCCCGCACAACCAUCUUCUCUCCCGAUGGCCGUCUCUACCAGGUCGAGUAUGCCCUAGAGGCCAUUUCCCACGCCGGCACUGCUAUUGGCAUUCUGGCUAAGGAUGGGAUUGUCCUGGCUGCCGAGCGCAAGGUCACCUCAAAGCUGCUCGAGCAGGACACAUCAGCAGAGAAGCUCUACGUGAUCAAUGACAACAUGAUCUGCGCUGUGGCCGGCAUGACAGCCGAUGCCAACAUCCUGAUCAACUUCGCACGGCAAGUUGCCCAACGGUACCUGCUGACCUACAACGAAGACAUUCCGUGUGAGCAGCUGGUGCGGCGGCUGUGCGAUCUGAAGCAGGGCUACACACAACACGGUGGUCUGCGGCCCUUUGGCGUCUCUUUCAUCUACGCCGGUUGGGACCCGCAGCGUGAGUUCCAGUUGUAUCUGAGCAACCCCUCGGGAAACUAUGGCGGGUGGAAGGCGACUAGUUCGGGCGCCAACCACGCGAGCGCCCAAAGCUUGCUCAAGCAGGACUACAAGGAGGACUGCACGCUCGAAGAGGCGUGCGACUUGGCUGUCAAAGUGCUGAGCAAAACCAUGGACGCGACGAAGUUGAGCAGUGACAAGAUCGAGUUUGCUACGGUGGGCAAGACCAAAGACGGCAAAAUCUACCACAAGCUAUGGAGCGCCGAAGAGAUCACGGCGCUGUUGAAGAAGCAUGACCUGGCCAAGGACGAGACGACGGAAGAGAAGUAG